CCCUGGUCAGUUCCGAUACGGUUCGCCGAACGUCGAUUCCACGAGGGUGACGCGGUGAUCAGUGACCCGUUAUCGAAACACCCCGGAAGAAUCGCGCUUAAAUCCCAGGACGAUCUUAUCAAGCGAUUAGCGUCGGGGUCAUGCACACGACCCCGUGAGUGCGAUUCGCGAGGGAUCCGAGAGUUCGCGUCGACGAAGGAUCGAAGAACGCGAGUAUCGCGAGAAGAUGUUCGUUCAGUGAUAGUUGGUGCACGGUUGGUGCUAACCCCGCGAUCGGAGAUAAGAAGCGACGAAGAGCGGAUUUGCGCGCGGGACAUUCUGGGAUCACGAGACACGCGAGACACACGCCGGAAGAUGAGGCUCUGGAUGUUUCUGACCGUGCUCUCGGUGACGGUGCACGCGUCGCUGGAGGAGAUCUCCAGGAACAAAAAUCGCGGCAGGGGAUCCACGUGGUGGGGUAUUGCAAAAGCGGGCGAACCGAACAAUUUUUUACCGAUGUCAGCAGGUUCCAUACACAUGGAACCGGUCUACGCGACCCUGAGAAGAAAGCAGAGGAGGCUCGCUAGAGAAAAUCCUGGAGUUCUGAUGGCAGUGUCAAGGGGCGCAAACCAAGCUAUUGGCGAAUGCCAGCAUCAGUUUCGCAACCGGCGAUGGAACUGCUCGACAAAAAAUUUUCUCAGAGGGAAAAAUCUCUUCGGCAAGAUCGUCGACAGAGGAUGUCGUGAGACCGCUUUCAUCUACGCCAUCACGAGUGCGGCAGUGACACACAGUAUCGCGAGGGCAUGUAGCGAGGGCAGCAUUCAAUCGUGCUCCUGCGAUUACACUCACCAAUCACGCGCGUCAUCCGCCGUUCGGGAUUGGGAAUGGGGUGGCUGCUCGGAUAACAUUGGAUACGGCUUCAGAUUCUCUCGCGAAUUUGUCGAUACCGGUGAACGUGGCCGGAAUCUCCGCGAGAAGAUGAAUCUACAUAACAAUGAAGCCGGCAGAGCACACGUAACUUCGGAGAUGCGCCAGGAAUGCAAGUGCCACGGCAUGUCCGGCUCGUGCACGGUGAAGACCUGCUGGAUGCGACUGCCGAACUUCCGCGUGGUCGGCGACAACCUGAAGGAUCGCUUCGAUGGAGCCUCCCGAGUAAUGGUCAGUAAUUCAGACCGCGCGCGCGUUACGAACAAUGCCAUCACCAGCAACUCGGCGAGCAACUCCGUGCAUCAGCACCGUGACGGUCUCGGGCGCCGGCAUCGCUACAACUUCCAGCUGAAACCGUACAAUCCGGAGCAUAAGCCGCCGGGGCUGAAGGACCUCGUCUAUGUGGAGCCGUCGCCGCCGUUCUGCGAGAAGAAUCCCAAACUCGGCAUCCUGGGCACUCACGGGCGGCAGUGCAACGACACGAGCAUCGGCGUCGACGGCUGCGACCUGAUGUGCUGCGGCAGGGGCCACAAGACGCAGGAGGUGACGGUGAUCGAGAGGUGCUCCUGCACCUUCCACUGGUGCUGCGAGGUCAAGUGCCAGCUGUGCAGGACGAAAAAGACGAUACACACAUGUCUGUGAGGAGGGAAUCCUGAUUAUCAUAAUCUUCGAGGCAACCUUCGUGCAGGGUUAAACGAUCAAAGUUCGAACUUUCUUUGUUUUCGCGGUAACCGCUUCCCCCCCCCCCCAUUUGUAUAACGGUACAUUGAGAAAUUCGAAGAACGAGACUACUCUUCUUUUAGCUCAAAAGACCACUUGGUAGUCUCUUUCGUGGACGAGCUAUGUACACAUGCACGGUAUUUCUACGAGAGAUCCUACCAUGGGUCUCGCUGGACGGGGUCGAAGUCGUCGUGGAGUCCCGCGUUGAACCCUCGCGCGCGGGGCCUCCUCGCCUCCAGUAUUACGCGAAACGAACGGAACCACAUAUAUUUAUUACGUCGCGUCGCGCGCGUACUAAAGACUGAGAUGGUGAGAAGCGUUCGUGCGAUCGUAGGUUUUUAAGGCUUUAAGAUAGGAAGAUUGUGGGACGCGGUAGAGAAGCGAUGUAAAUACCGGUGUAAAUGCCAACGUAACACCGGCUCGCUAUUCACCGACGAGGAUCGGACUGAUGUAUCCAUCGCUCCCCCAUAACAAAAGGCUCUGACAUCUCAGCUGUGACAGUGUCAUAUGGUAGAAAAAAAAAAUAAUUUAAGGCUUCCGCUGUCCGCAUCUCUCAUCCGACUGGGUACCCCAUCGGAGACAUUCGGCAAAACUUAUCCCCGCUGGUAAUAUUCGGAUUCAAUUCAUUCACAUCUCUCCAUACAUUAAUCAAAUUGGAUUAGUGCCUGCUUCUCUGCUGUAGAGGGCUAUUGAUCACGAUAAGUAAGCUGAAGAGUAAGUACGAAGAAGCCUUCAAUUAUUUUAUCCUGCUGCAUAUGAGAUCUUCGUUUUAAGUGAUGUCCAUUGGCUACAACGCGAGCGUCGUGGUCUCGUGAAAGCAUUAUUUAUUUUAAUGGUGUCCUUCUUGCACUUUUAGACACUCGCUUCCCCCAGGGAAACGAGCAAUCUCGUAUACAGAUCGCAUACUUGUAUAUAAAUAAAUUAUAGCGAUGUAUUUUGCAGCAAUGCGUGCCAAUCGGUGGCCAAUAUAUUUCUCCGUAAGAAUCUAUUGUAAAUACAAGCAGAUUUUCACACGCGCGACGAAGACGAAGCCCCACAUUGGGAGUGGUAAAUUAUUUUUAUAUCUUUUUUCACAUAUGCCUCUCUUUUUCCUCCCUUUCUUUCUUCAUCGAGUACCGGGAUAUCGAGACUCCCGCGGGUUUAAAAAUACCUUCUGCCAAUGCUGGAUAGAGAGAUAUUACUCUUCGAAAGAGAAAAUUUCAAUAAAGUAACUCCAACGUUGUGCAUAAUAGAUGUAUUAAUUAUUGCUCGUAAUUUAUACAAAUAAACAUAUAAGAAGAUUAAAUAAACGACGAAAUUAAGA